ACAUCAUAAGCCAUUGUCACAGGUAUUGUCAUAUCAUUUCGCCUGUCCAGACUAAAACUCGACCAUGAAGGACUACAAGCUUACCGUAGCCUGCAUCCUGCUCUUCACAUUUUGCACUGUGGUGCUUAGUCAAAAUGGUAUUUUUCCAGAGAAAUGUUGUUUUAGGUACUACAACAAACCCAUUCCUCCUAGAAGUGUUAAGCGUAUCCUGGCAACCUCCCCUCAAUGCAUCAAGUCAGGGUUCCUGGUCAUCACAAAGAAACGAGGACUGCCACUGUGUGUCAACCCAGACGACCCAACGGUCAGCAAACUGAUGUCUCAAUUCUACUUUCCUGACGCUCAGUAUCCCUGAUGCUCAACCCAACAAAUAAUAUCAGUGCUUUAAGUCCUUAUAGACACUGUGCCUGAAUUUAGGUGUGGAGCAGGCUGCUUAUUUGAAAAUAGAUGAUUAUAUAUGAAGACGUUGAAUGACUUGCAUUAAGCACUAGAUAUCAUAUUAUAUAUGAAGACGUAGAAAUAUACCUUAAUAAUAAUAAUAUAAGCACUGGAUAUCAUAUUAAGCUUCGUCAUAUACCUUAUAGCUCAUGGCCAGCCAAAUUCCUGCAUGACUUUUGCCUUUCAUGUAGUUUUUUAUUUCCUUCUGAUUUCAUUUCUCUGUUUUUAUUUCAUUACAUCUUUCAUUCUCUUUAUAUGUUUUAGACAUUUGUAUCCACUUCUUUCAAUAAAUACGAGAUUACCACUG